CAAGGUAGGCAUGCGUUCUUAGUACAUACUAACACUACGCAAUCGGCCACAUUUCGUUCGUCAGAAAAUACGUGACGUCUGGGGGCCCUGGGAUCUUACUCUAUGAGUUUCUCACUGGAUCUUCUUAGUAGGUCGCGAUUCUAGACGCGAGUUUCUGGAUAUGGCAACUAGAAUUUUCGAAAAAAUCAAUGAGAUUAAACUUCUACCAUUGUAAUAUUUUUUUAUUCUAUGGAGCGAUUUUUUUUCUUCGUGGAUAUGUUUAGAUACAUAAUUAAGAGCUACUAGCACCGUUAGAUCUUCAACAACUUAAGUUAAAUCUUAGUACCUUUUGUUCAUGUUAUUCUUCGCAUAAUUCAAAUUUUUGGGAAACUAAAUUGAGUUACUUGAAAUUGUGUGGAUAUUUUUAGUUUGUUCAUUAAGUGUUUCCUCAGGAUUUAUCAUCAUUAUAUUUACAUAUUUUCGACGAUUACGAUAUUUUCAUCUGCAUUUAGGGUCUGUAGUUCACAAAUGUGGAAAAUAAAGCAAAGGCGCUAGACCUAAAAUAGCUUCCACGGGUUCUCCCAAAAAGUCUAUUCAAUUCUUAUCAAAUGUUUACUAUUUUAUUGAAACGUUAAGUCGUUUAUUUCAUUUUAUCUCAUCUAAUUCAAUUCCAUUUCUGUUCGCUUCAUUUUACAUUUAAUCUAAAGCAUGCUUUCGUCUGGUAAAAGUCAAAGAUUAUGCUGUAUGGUGUGAUCCUUUCGGCUUUAUGUAUUUUAAAAAUGAAACUUUUACUCAUUUUAUUAACUGACAAACUGUCAUUGUCAACCCAAAAAUCAAAAUAUCUUGAAGAACUGGGGAGAUUAAUUUUUCACAUUAUAUACGAAUCUAUUGGAUUGAAUUACUUACCUACUACCUUUAUACCGUCAUAAAAAACAAACACAACACAACACAAACAAUUGUACGUGUUAUCAGUACAUUAGACAAAAUUAUCUUUUAAUAACAUGAGCUGACUUCAAGGGCCAUGAUCUUGUUUUAAUAAUGCCUGUUGAAAUAGUUUACAGUUAGAAUUCAUAAAAUACUAUCAAAAUGAAAACACUUGAUGAACAUGUUCUGGGAAAAUGUCACCUUUGAUCUACUACGGUAUAUAAAAACAAUGUGUAUUAUUUGGUCUCCGUGUUUCGCUAAUUACGGUUUAUUGUUUCACAAAAAGAGCUCUCAUUUGAUAUUUAGAAUGUGGUACGCAGCUUUAAUUCGGUUUAUCAGAAGAAGACUAGUGCUCGGUAUCAUAUUCGCAUCUUCACUGACUUACUGCAUUGUCAGUUUUCUAAAAGAGGGUAACCAUAGAGAUGUGACAUACCAAGACAUAUCAAUAGAAAGAAAACCGUUUGUGUGGAGAACACUUCAAGAACAUAAUGAUUCAAAUGACCAUGUGAUCUGCAGGAACUCAGUACAAGGAAAAAACUUUCUUGUUGAUGACAGAGGGUAUGUAUGUCAAAGAAAAGAUGUAACGAAAAAUGGUUGCUGCGACCCAGAAGCUGACUUCACAGAACGGUACAGCUGUGAAUCUUGUAGUAAAAGCAGUUGCUGCGUUGAAUAUGAACAUUGUGUAUCAUGUUGCUUAGAUCCAGGCAAGAGGGACAUGCUGGAGAUAGUCUUAUCAAAACUUUCAACAGAGAAGAGCAUUCUCUUCCGCUCAUUAACAGAUGACUAUGAACUAUGUCUUACAAAGUGUAGAACAAGCUCAUAUAGUGUAUUGCAUGAGAAUUCUUACAAAGAUCCAACACAUAAGCAUUGUUUCGGUGAUGAGCCACCUGGGUCACAUUCAGGUAACAAAAUGUAAUUUUUAAUAAAUCAAUGAUACUGUUAACUUGUGAUAAAGGUACCUAUGACGUAUUUUUUUAUUAACAAUGAACAAUGUUUGAAUACAUUAACAAAAAGGCCUAAAACUAAUGUAUGUUUCAUCGUUUGGUAUUGUGAAAUUACAACUUUAUAACUCAAUGAAUACUCAAUUUGGAAGCAUAAAUUAAGGUAUUUUACUACUUUUUUUUUUCAAAUUAAUGAAUACACAUAGCAAAUAUUUAAUGAACUUUUAUUUAUUUAUUAGGUACAUCUUUAAUUUCUUGAAAUUCCAUGGUACGCACAAAAAUCUACACCCUUUCAAAAUUUCAAAUCUUAAUCUGUUGGUGCUUUCAAUCACUACAGAGCAUAAAACAAAGUCGCUUUCUCUGUCCCUAAAUCCCUAUGUAUGCUUAAAUGUUUAAAACUACGCAACGGAUUUUGAUGCGGUUUUUUUUAAUAGAUAGUGAUUGAAGAGGAAGGUUUAUAUGUAUAAUAACAUCCAUUAAAUAGUGAAGAAAUACUGUUAUUUUUGAGGUUUCUAAUGUGAUGUCGUAAAUAAUCAAUAAUAAAAUUUCAUGUUUCCGAAGCCAAGCGAGGGCGGAUCGCUAGUAUUGUAAUAAUUAGCGGCUAUGCAAUGUGAAGUAUAAAACAAAUAAUCUAUAAUAAUAAUCCUUUAUAAUUUAUGAAAUACUUAAAUAUUCUAUUAAAUUAAUAAGGGCUAAUUCCCAAUGCAUUUUGUGUUGUGGAUUGUGUUGUACACAACAGCUCUUAUGGACAAACUGUAAUAUAUAAAAUAAAACACUUUUUUGAAAGCUGUAUCGAAAUUUGUUGUACAAUAACAGUGGAGAAAUCAAUUAUAAGUUACAGUUUCCGAAACGAAGCGAGGGCGGGUCGCUAGUUAUUUAAUAACUGAAUGAUUAAGUCAGAAUAUAGCCUAAGAUAAAAGCAGUGUCUUAUAUAAAAUAAGUACUUAAAAUAGGAUUUUUGUAAAACGAAAUAAAAGAAAUUACACAGUUCUGUUAAAUACACUAUAAAAGUUUUUGGAUAAUCGUUUACCCAAUUCGGGCCUAUGUUAUCCUGGUUUCUCAUCUCGCCGCAUUCGCGAAGCGAUAUUUCAGCUACAGGCUAGCAAGCAGGCGGCCCAGCUGAUGGUGAGUGAGCCUUCGCUUACGUAAGUCAGCUGUAACUAUACUUGAGACCUUAGAACUUGUAUCUCGAGGUGGGUGGCGCAUUUACGUUGUAGAUGUUUAUGGGAUCCAGUAACCACUUAACACCAAGUGGGCUGUGAGCUCGUCCACCCAUAUAAGCAAUAAAAAAAGCAAUACUAGGAGCUCGGACCUACCAAUAUUGUAAUGUACAUUCCCUAUAUUAAAUCAUCACAUAAAAACAUUCAAUGUAAAAAUGUAAGUAGUAUAAUAACUCCAGUGAAUGGUAAGAAUGUAUGCGAAUGUGAUGAUGGCCCAAUAUAUUUUUUUAUAAUUUAUGUAUCUAAAAACGAAGGAAAGAACACCAAAAAACUUUAUCUUCGAUAAAAAAUAAAGGAUACACUUAAGCGACAGUGAUAAGUGACCACAUUAUGUUACAGCUUAUAUUACUUUUUUUUCUUUCAUAACUAUGAUUACUAUUAAUUUCGACGUCAGUUUAAUGUUGAAUUCGAUAUUGUCAUCACAUGUAAUCUAUUUUUAAUAGUAAAUAUUUACUGUUGCAUAAUGAAAACACACAACUAAACCUUAAAAAUACCGUUCCUUGAAAUUCUCAUGUUUCUCCGGUAGCCGUUAGGUAGCGCCACGAGUCUAUUCAGACUUCAAAAUUUAAAAUAAUUCAUGUCUUUAAUAAAAAAAUUCUUGUUCUAUUCCCAGUUUGACCCACAGACAGACAGUGUAUUGAAAUGCAGUUCUAAUUAUAUUUUAAAAACAUUCUCUCACAUUUUAAAAACAUUCUCUCAACAUUAAACAGUCAUAUUUUUUAUGACAUAUAGUGUGAUCCAUCCCUGUGCAACUACUGGACUUUAUAUAUCCAUAUAAUGAUUUCAGUGCACCUUGGUAACUUAUAUUCAGUUUUGUCAUCUUUCCUACUAAUGUAAUAAUAAUAAGGUAAAAAUGUCUGCAUGCCAAUUGCCAAUACAAUUUUAAACAAAGUUAAUACAAUAAUAUCAACGAUCCGCUUAAAAUAAAAGUCUAAAUUAUUAUGAAAAUUUCCAUAUUAAUAAAAAUAUAUAUAUAUAUUUGUACAUUAUCAUAAGAUAAUAGACAGCGUGAUAUGUGGCGUACCUGUUCGUUUAAAAUAUUUUAAAAUUAAUGUUGUUUGUGGAAAUUAACUUAUGUUUGUCAUUUAAACACAUACAUUUAAAUAGAUAUUAAUUAAUAAAAUGAAAUGACCUUUAAAUUAUUGAAGAUUGAAAUCAAUUAAUAAUUAGCACAGAAUAUUUUUGUAAUAAAUAAUUUUAUAAAAGAAAA